AUGACAUCUGCCACGACAACUCUGGCAAAAUGUUCACACACGCAAGCGAGCCACCGCAAUGCCACCAACCCGGCUGAAACGACCGAGACCCAGCAAGCAUCAACCACCUAUACGUUCAAGCUCCCGUACACGGCGUACCGCGGCGCCUUUAUCGGGGACCACUACCGACUGCAGCAGCUACGUCUGCAGACCGAGUUCCUCGACAUUUUCUCCGUCGUGUGCCUGUGCGGUCGCGUUUUCGAGGCGCAGGCCUUUUCGCUCUCGUGCCCGGCGAGUCGCGGCAAGCUGCUCGAGUCGCGCCGCCGCCGCAUGAAGCGCAUCUACCGCUCUGACAACUUUGUCGACGUCUUUGAACAGGCCGGUCGCCGGUUUCUAGUGACAAAGGUCGAUCGGACGGAAAAGGAGUGGUCCGACGUCUGCCGGCAGGUUAUGCGCGGCGGUGAUGACUUUGCCUUGGACCGGCCCGCCCGCCUACUCGGAUGGGGCGGGGCUCGGUGCAGUGUCGAGGAUGAGCGGACCGAAUACGUUGAUGGUAAUGUUUGCGCUCCCCACGAGAGCGAGCCAAUCAGACACCACGUGUCCUACGUUGAACCGACCUCUUAUGCUGGGGCCGUCAUGAAGGGAUUGAGGGUUGGAAAGUGA